GGGUCUAAAAAAACUCAAAUAUCAUUUCCCUAAACUUUGUAAAUCUGUGACACAAAGUGGUUCAGAUUGCAAAAUGAUAAUAUACUAGUAGUAGAGAUAGGGAAAGAGGAACCUUCAGUCUUGAAAGAAGACGUACACUAAUUGCUCUCAUGCCACGUGCAAUGGAUACCGGAAUGAAUGGCUGUUAUCGUUGAUGGCUCUGGCUCUGGCUCUGGUAUUAAAAUAUGGGUGCGUAGCAAAGGAUGUUUUGCACUCUUGAGUUCUAUAAAAUGGAAAUGAGACCAAAUAUUGAUCCGGAUAUUUAGAGAGAGAGAGAGAGAGAGAGAGAGAGAGAGAGAUGGCGGAUUUGUUCCACAAGCAGGCAAAGAAUUACGCGGAGACUCGGCCGAGUUACCCAGAAGAGCUGUUUGAUUUCAUUGCCUCAAAGACUCCAAAUCACGACCUCGUUUGGGAUGUCGGCACCGGCAGUGGCCAAGCCGCCAAAUCUCUAGCAAAGCUGUACAAGAAUGUGGUAGGCACAGACACCAGCCAGGAGCAACUCGACUACGCACCCAAGCUCCCCAACGUGCGAUACCAAUGCACCCCUCCAAACAUCCCCCUGUCCGAGGUUGAAUUCAGCGUGUCACCCCCGGGAACCGUUGAUCUUGUCACCGUAGCCCAAGCCCUCCACUGGUUUGACCUACCCACCUUCUACCAGCAAGUCAAAUUGGUACUCAAAAAACCCCACGGCAUCAUUGCUGCCUGGUGCUACACCGUCCCUGAGGCCAAAGACAACAUUCCGGUGGUCAAUGACAAAUUUGACGCUGUCUUCCGACAGUUUUAUGCCGACUCCCAGCCUUACUGGGACCUAGCGCGUAAGCUAGUGGACGGCAAGUACAAGGGGAUCGAUUUCCCGUUUGAGCCUGUGGGUGAUGGAGCUAACCACACUGGUCCGUUUGAGUUCACGACGGAAAGGGUGAUGGAUUUGGAGGGCUUUCUCACGUACAUAAGGUCGUGGUCAGCUUAUCAGACGGCGAAGGACAAGGGAGUUGAGCUAUUGAGUGAUGAUGUGGUUGAGAGUUUCAAGAGAGCUUGGGGUGAAGAUGGUGUUGAUCAAAAGGUUGUCAAGGCCCCUGUUUAUCUGAGGAUUGGGAAAGUUGGAAAUUCGGAGUAAGAGGAGACUCGUGUGCAUUUUGUUUUUCGUUGCUCUUGAAUUUUGUUGUCAAAUGUACACCAUCAGUUUACAAUGUACUAGAAUAACAUGGUUGCAAUAUAUUUUGCCAUCACUUUUUCA